GUGUUUCAUGCAAAACUGAGGCUCCUCAUUCUCUGUAGGGUAAGCUGAUUUCCUCCAUGUGAUUUUGAGCUGAGCAAUUCUAAGAAGUAAGAGAAUGACAACAUAUACCUGAAAAUUCAAAUACAAGCAGGCAAAAUGGAAUCGACUUGAAGGUGGCAUCCACUGCAGCUCUGCACACCUAAAAGCAAGUUUUUACCGAGAGGACAGUGGAAGUUGGCACAUCCAUUACGUGUGCACCCAGCGAGGAGCAGCCUGCAGGAAAACCAGCUCUGGAGAAAUGGAAUUAAGGUCCAAGGAUGUUCAUUGAUUAUUAAAAGAAAACAAAUGGAGCUAAAAUCCCACUGCCUUCCAACUUGCAUGAAGGAACACUGCUGCUGAAAAGCUUUUAUUAAAGAGACCCACGUACCACCAUGGUAAAAAGAUUCCUACACGAUCUUAAGGCAUACAGGAACUGCAAAUUCUCUCAUUUAAAAUGUAUAUAGUAUCCUGUAAAACAAAUUAAGACAUUCACUAUUUGUAGUAUUAUAUUUCAGUCAGUUUUAAGUCUAAUUAAUCUGACUUUUAAAGCAUUUAAUUUCCUAUACAAAAGUGUGUAUCUUUUUCAAUUCCAAUCAAAAAUGUUUACUAGGAAUUCAGCUGAAAGCAACCAAAAAUCUGAUUUUUUUGGUAUUGCCACCAAACUGUGAGUACUAAUAUACUUUUUGCAGAUAUUUUAACCAUGGAAACUUAUUCUGCCUCAGUAUCACCUGUUCUAUGUAACAGCACAACUUUUAACCUGAGUGGAUCCCAUUUGUGUAACGAAAGCAUAUCCUCUAGAUUAGCUGAUAAAUCAGAACACCAACAAUAUGUUAUUGGCCUUUUCUUAUCAUGUCUUUACACAAUAUUCCUUUUUCCUAUCGGUUUUGUGGGAAACAUUCUGAUCCUGGUUGUCAACAUUAGCUUUCGGGAAAAAAUGACAAUCCCAGACCUUUACUUCAUAAACCUGGCAGUGGCUGAUCUCAUUCUAGUGGCCGAUUCUCUCAUUGAGGUGUUUAAUCUUGACGAGAAAUAUUACGAUAUCACCAUCAUCUGUACCUUUAUGUCUUUGUUCCUUCAGAUCAACAUGUAUAGCAGCAUUUUCUUUCUGACAUGGAUGAGUUUUGACAGAUACCUAGCCCUGGCCAAAGUAAUGAGGUCCAACCUCUUUCGCACUAUGCAGCACGCUAGACUGAGCUGUGGGCUCAUAUGGAUGGCAUCCAUUUCGGCAGCUCUAGUCCCAUUUACAGCCGUGCACUUACAGCACACCGGAGAGGUCUAUUUCUGUUUUGCAGAUGUAAAAGAAAUCCAGUGGCUAGAGAUAACCCUGGGGUUUAUUAUCCCCUUUGUGAUCAUCGGUCUUUGUUACUCAUUAAUUGUUCGAGUCCUUAUAAAAGCGCACAAGCACAGGAGUCUCCGGCUGCGGCGACAGAAGGCUCUGCGCAUGAUUUUUGUUGUUGUCCUGGUUUUCUUUAUCUGCUGGCUCCCUGAAAACGUCUUCAUUAGCGUCCAACUUCUCCAGAGGAAAAGCGAGCCCGUCUCUUCCAACAGCCCAUCCUUCAGGCAUGAUUAUCCUUUAACAGGACACAUUGUGAACCUAGCAGCUUUUUCUAAUAGCUGCUUGAACCCCUUAAUUUACAGCUUUCUGGGGGAAACCUUCAGAGACAAACUGCGACUGUACAUUGAACAGAAAACAAAAAUGUCAACAUUGCAUCGCUUCUGUCAGGCUGCCUUAACGUCUGUCAUUCCUGACAGUAAUGAGCAAUCAGAAGUCUGAUUUAGUGUCAUUGUAUAAGACAUAUGACUGUGAAGUUGUGCAAAUAGUGAACAAAAUGCUUGCUACUAACAGAAAAAAAGUGCAUUUGUGUGUGUGUAUAUAUAUAUUGUAUCACUCUAUUGAGUAUUGAAGGUUUAUAUUCGAAAUGUUUUUAUGACAAGACUUUAAUGUAGAAGAAUAUGUUUUAGUCAGAUUUAUAUUUAAUUAUGAACAAGAUUAUUAAAAGCUGAGCACUGAAGAAGCUUUAUUUUGUAUUAUACAUAUAUGAAUGACAAUAUAAGAGAAAAUUUUAUCAACUUAGGAAGACUGUAGAUGUAAUCUGAUUAUCAGAGAUGAUACUUUGCUGGUGUAUAUAAGGUACUUCCACUGAAAUAAUGAAGCUGCUGUAACAGUGAGGAAAAAUCAUUACAACAUAUUGAUGUGGUGAUGCAGAAAAAAAAUUGAUUUUUUUUCACCC